GGGACCGGCGGGAAGGCGGAGCCGUGGAUGGAGGGCGGGGGGAGGCCGGGCCAAGAUGGCGGCGCCCUGUGGGCCAGCGGGGCUGAGGCGGUAAACAGCCGCGGGGCGGAGAAGGCGGUGAUCAUGAAAGGUGCCAGGUUGACAACCCUGAAAACAGAAGCCCUACUUGUCCACAGAACAGUGUGGUAGAGGCACUAAUGAGGAACCUGCUGAAGUUUUAAUGUGCAUGUUCAUGUUAGUCCGUGCUUAAGCAUUUAGUAGACAGAAUGGCCCAGCAAGCAAAUGUUGGUGAGCUCCUCUCAAUGCUGGAUUCUUCGGUUCUUGACAUGGAAGAUAUAACAGCUGCCUUCAAAGACAACCUCAACUCUGACCGUGGACCUAUGCUUGUGAACAACCUAGUAGAUUAUUUCUUGGAAUCCAAUUCUCAGCAGGCAUUGCACAUCCUGUCCAGCUUGCAAGAGCCUCAUGACAAGCACCUACUGGAUAAAAUUAAUGAAUAUAUGGGCAAAGCUGCUACCCGUUUACCCACUCUCUCACUAUUGGGUCAUGUGAUAAGACGACAGCCAUCUUGGAAACACAAGCUUUCUCAAGCGCCUCUCCUACUUUCGUUACUCAAGUGUCUCAAGACUGACACAGAUGUAGUAGUACUCACCACAGGCGUUCUAGUGUUAAUAACAAUGCUGCCAAUGAUUCCACAGUCUGGCAAACAGUACUUGCACGACUUCUUCGUUAUCUUUGGCCGUCUCUCAGCCUGGUGCUUGCAGAAUCCAGGUCAUGUUCCAGAGAUCUAUCUUGUACACCUCCAUGCCAGUGUUUAUGCUCUCUUUCACCGCCUUUAUGGAAUGUACCCGUGCAAUUUUGUCUCCUUUCUGCGUUCUUACUACAGUAUGAAGGAAAACCUGGAGACCUUUGAAGAGGUGGUCAAGCCAAUGAUGGAACAUGUGCGAAUUCAUCCAGAAUUAGUGACUGGAUCCAAGGACCAUGAACUGGACCCACGAAGGUGGAAAAGACUAGAAACACAUGAUGUUGUGAUAGAAUGUGCCAAAAUCUCCCUCGACCCAGCAGAAGCCUCAUAUGAAGAUGGCUAUUGCUCUGUGUCACGGAAAAUCUCCACACGCUUAAAGCAUCAUCAAACUGACCUCAGUGCCAGCCAUUACAGUGAUACACCGAGCAGCUAUGGGACUUCUACACCUAAUUCCACUCCUCGGCUAACACUAUCACAAAUGCCAGGGAAGCUACCUCAGACUCUGAGCCCACAAUCUGUGCAGCUGUCAACUGAGCCACAGCAGGUUACCAUCUGGAGCCCUUCCGUAACUUGUGGUAUGACCACUCCACCAACUUCCCCUGGAAUGAUUUCAUCAGAGUCCUCGCAAACUUCAUCACAACCUUACAGCAAGUUUUUUGGCACAGCUGGUGGGAAAGGGACUCCACUGGGGACACCGGCCACCUCCCCUCCUCCGUCCUGCAUUUCAGAUGACUUUGUACACGUUUCACCCCCUUCAGCUGCUGCCACGCCUCACAAGAAGGAGGACAAACCGGAUCCUGGGAGGCCUUCGCUGUCCCGACAGCAAAAUGUCAUAAACAGCGAGAAAGCAUUGGAAGCACCUGGCAGUAAAAAUUCUGUACCAUUGAGAGAUCUUCCAGAAUUUUUAGGUGGUCUGGCCUAUGAUGAGGACAGCAUUGAAAAGGACAAAGAAGAAGAUGCAAUAUCAAAAGAAAUCUCUGAGAUCACAACAGAUGCUGAGCCCAUGGUGCCUAGAGGAGGUUUUGACUCUCCAUUCUAUCGAAGUUGCGAGAGUUUACUAGGCUGUCAAAAAAAGCCCCAAUCUAUAGCCUUGGGUGUUCAGGGACACAGUCUAACCUCUGAGCAUUUAACCUCUUCUCUGGACAAACCUGGUCCUGAGGGUACACGAGACACACCUAAACAAGCAUUUACUCCUAUAGACAAGCCGUCUGGAGGCACUGGUGAGAACCCUGCUGGUAACGGGGAAGGCCAAACCUCUGUGGAGACCAGUAUCCUCACUCCUAGCCCUUGCAAAGUACCAGCACAGAGAAGGAUAGAGCUUGGAAGUUGGCAGCCUCCCCAAUACGAGCAUCUUUUUGAGGUUGCAUUACCAAAGACUGCCUACCUCUUUGUCAGCAAGAAAACUGAGGAGCUGUUCAAGAAAGCCAAGGGAAAUCUGGAUGAAGACUGCACGUGUUCCACCUCUCCAGUGGAAGUACUGGAUAGAUUGAUACAACAAGGAGCAGAUGCACAUACCAAGGAGCUCAACAAGUUGCCUUUGCCAAGCAAAUCUGCUGACUGGACCCACUUUGGAGGUUCUCCCCCUUCAGAUGAGAUUCAUACCCUGCGUAACCAGUUGCUUUUGCUGCACAGCCAGUUAUUGUAUGAACGCUUCAAAAGGCAACAGCAUGCCCUUCGGAACCGGCGCCUCCUGCGGAAAGUGAUCAAAGCAACCGCACUAGAGGAACAUAAUGCUGCUAUGAAAGAUCAGCUGAAGCUACAGGAGAAGGAUAUCCAGUUCUUGAAGCUUAGUCUGCAGAAAGAGCAGGCCAGGUACCACCAGUUUCAAGAAGAACAUGAUAAUAUAGUGGCUCAGCUUCACAGCCAGAUCAGACAGCUGCAGCAUGACCGGGAGGAAUUCUUCAAUCAGAGCCAGGAGUUGCAGACCAAGCUGGAGGACUGCCGGAAUAUGAUUGCAGAUUUGAGGUUAGAAUUAAAGAAGGCCAAUAACAAGGUGUGUCACACAGAAUUGCUUCUCAGUCAAGUUUCCCAGAAGCUUUCUAACAGUGAGUCGGUUCACUUCUUGAAUAGGCAACUUCUGGUCCUUGGGGAGGUCAAUGAGUUGUACUUGGAACAGCUGCAGCACAAGCACGCGGAUACAACAAAGGAAGUGGAAAUGUUGCAGGUUACUUUUCGGAAAGAACUGGAGAAAGCAAAAUUCUACGUUCAACAGCAAAGUCAAAGGCUCGAUGCCUCCCAGAAACGGAUAAUUGAAUUGGAGUCUCAGCUUGCAAAGAAAGACCAUCUCUUCUUGGAGCAAAAGAAAUACCUAGAGGAUGUCAAAAUCCAAGCAAGAGGCCAGCUGCAAGCAGUAGAGAGCAGGUACAAGGCCCAGAAAAGAAUUACACAAGCGUUUGAGUUGGAGAUAUUGGAUCUGUAUGGCCGACUGGAGAAGGACAGCCUACUGAGAAUGAGAAAACUUGAUGAAAACGCAGAAGCAGCGGAAGUAGCAGAAGAAAGGCCAGAUUGUGGGAAUGAAGGUUGUGCUGACCCUGUGGCAGGGUACAGUGAAGAAGCAGUUGGCAGAAAUGGAGAGACCAAACCUCCCAGCACCCAUGGUAGCAACAACAGUAAAGGUGGCAGCAGCAGUGAGUUGUCCACGCCAGAGAAGCCCCAAAACCAGAGAUUGGGGCCAUUCGGCAGUCGCUGGGAAACAACCGUGUCACUGGAGCCCUCCACUAGUGUCCCAUUAACUGUAGGCUCACUCCCCAGCUCCAAAAGCUUCCUUGGAAUGAAGGCACGUGAAUUAUUCCGCAACAAGAGUGAGAGCCAGUGUGAUGGGGAGGGGGCAGUGAUCAUCAAUAGCCUUUCUGAUACUCUAAAGACUGAACUCUGUAAAGAGCCAAGCAUGGAGGUAAAGACUCUGCCAGGCCCCGAGAACCCCAGUCCCUCGUUGAACAACCAGGAAAGCAGUGUUGGACAGCUUCAUAUCAUGGACUAUAAUGAAACUCAUCAUGACCACAGUUAAAAAGGAAGAUAGUCAAUCAGUGUUAUUUUCAUAUUCUUGGCAUAGAACAGGAGGUGUGAAUGCAAGUUUAACUAAAAGCUUUUGUUUCGUGGGUCUGAGCGGCUAGCUCGUGCAGCGGAAACAGGAUUAACGUCCAUUAAAAGAAAAUACCUACCAAAUGAUUGCAAAAUGGAUUUGGGGUCUGGAAUUGUAAUGCCCAGCCUAACUUUUGCUUCUCUCCUCAAAUCCAAUCUUUAGCAGCUUGUACUAAUUUGAAGGGACAACUGUUAGCAUUUGCAGGUGUGUGUUUUUGGUUUGGUUUUUUUUUUUUUUGUUAUUUUGUUUUGUGGGAGAGGUUCCCCCUUUCUCCUCUCUCCCUACCUCCACCCCCAUUCCCCCCCGCUUCUCUCCUUCCCAGUGAGUGGCUGCAUCCUAUGAACUUGAGUGCAAUAUGAGGCCAAAUUAACAUGUAACCAUCUUCAUAUUAAUGCUUUGUUUUUUCUCAGCUAGUUUCCGGUUAGAGCAGCUCACUGUGCUGCCCUUGCAGGUGAUAUUUGGCUACUUUUCUCCUAGAAAGGAGUAAAAAACAAUUUUUAGUGCACUCAUCGGACAGUCUUUUAUUUGGCUCCACUUUCCCCUCUGCUCCCCCAUACCCGAACCUUCAUUUUUAUGUUGGACUCUGGUCAAACGACUGGUUAAAGAACAGUGCAUAUCUGCAAAAUUCUGCAUUCACCCCAGUUCAUAACCAUUAUUUUUGCUGUCCUUAAUAUUUCCUGGAAACUAUGUGAACCAAGAUUUGGUGGGGUCGGGGAGAGUUUCAGUUUCUUUUGAGGGUUGUUUCCUGUCACUCCCCAAGGAACCGAAGGUUGUAAUGCAGAGGCAAUUGCGUUUUGUUUUUUUCUUUUGCUGUAGUCUGUUAACUCUCUUCUGGGGUGGGAGGGUUUUGUGUUCGGUGUUUAAUUGACACUGGUACUGACCUGACCAGUUGUGAGAGCUGAACACGCAAGGGAGAGGGUUUUGGGGUGGCCCCAAGGAGGACAGCCUGUAGAGAUGGUGUGCAAAGCAACGGGUUCACUAACUUUUGGGCAAGAAUGUGUUUUCUUUCAGAAGAAACAGCAUUUCUCAAAGCUGGGAGAUUCUUGUGCUGUCUUGCCUCUUUUGAUCAUGGUCUUUGUGCCCAGCCUACCAAGACCAUCACAUCCUGCAUCUAAGAAUCUCUGCUUUCUUUCCCAGGAGUAGCUUUUCCAAGCCUGAGUCAAGAACCAUUAGACAGAUGCCAAAGGAUGUGUUGCCCUCUCUACCUCCUGUGCUCUUGCUCCCUUUGCUGCAGGGGUUCUUUCAGUUCUCCCUGUGUCCACCCAACUCUCUCCCUGUCUUUUAGGUACCCUUCCCCCUUCCACUGUCCCUGAGAGAUUGUGCGCUGCCUUUCCAGUGGAUGUAGCUGAAAGUGAAGUCCAGAAUCCCAUCCUGCAGCCUUUCUGUGUUUGUUACUCCUUUUGAAGCCAGUGGAAGAGUUUCACAUGCAGAAGGGCUGUGGGACCAGGCAUUAUGACAUGGAUCAGACUUGACUUGACUUUUUGGCAGAAGAGAAUCUUUUAUUGGGAAAGCUAAAAGCCCGGAUUUGUCUGGGGCAAGGAUCACUUAGUCUGUAAUGUGAAUCCUGUCAGGCUUCUGAACUGCACUGCAUCAGUGUUCUACUUUGUAGAUCUAGUUUUUCUUAAAUGCUUAAUGUGGACAGCAGGUGUUUUUAAGACUCUUCCCUCCCUCCCCUCCCCAUAAAAAUAAUGUCACUUGUCUUAGUGUUAGUAGCUUAACCCCUUCUUAACCUCUAAAUAGGGACAGAACCUGUCAAAGAAGGCUGGCAUUCUGCUAGCUUGAGAAACAGAGCUGCUUUCUUCCUGUGACCCUGACAGUACCUCCCUUGUGUUUCCACCUCUCCCAGAACUCCUAGGUCUAAAAUACAUUUCAGCCUCUCUGACAUUAACAUUAUACUGAAUGCCCUACUCAAUGAGUCAGUCCUAACUCUGAAAGUGAAGGUGAAUUUCAGUGGCAGUGUCAAAGCGCGAAUGUGCGUGGAAUAGAAAACAGAGGUCCGUGGUACGUGACAGACUAGUUCUGCUGACAAGUCUGUAGACUAAGAUUGCAUGAUUGCUGCAGUAGAAAAGGAUUCUAUGCAGAUUUGGAGGCUUUCUUCCCCUCGCCCCUACCAAGUUCUGGUCCCUCAAAAGCAAAUGGUUUGCACAUGGCCCUUGAAAGGGCUGGCUCAGCAACUGGAUGCAGCUUUUACAGGAAUCCACUAGACCAUCCUUUUCAUUUCUCAGAGUGUUUGUGGACUAGGCUGCUACAUGGCGAUUCACUUUUUGGUUGCAGGGCUGUUUUUGUUGUGUAGUAGCAAAACUGUCCUUGCGUUCCCAUAAGCUCAUCAGUCGGUGGCCCUUUUGUAUUUUAAAAGGGUUUUAGCACUGGCAUGGUAUUGGAAACCACUUUUACGGUUUAUCUAUGGACCACAGAGAUUAUGGAGGAACAAAUUUUUGCCAUUGUUUUGUAAAUCUAAAAUCAUGGAUCUGCUGUAUGUAGUUAACUUGCAGUUUAUUUAAAGGGAUUCCAUCAGUGAAGUGGAAACAGAUUUUUUUUUUUAACUGAUUGCUUUUAGUUAAAUCUAAAGAUGCUGUCAUUGUCGAAAGUUGAUCUGUUCCCUGCCUCGCUCUUUGUAAGCAUGUUAAACAAUCCACAUUAAAUGCCAUAAAUAUGAAAUGCAAGGAAAAAUGGUACAAUCUAAGCUAAAGAGAACCUAAACCAAAAGGAGGUUUUGCUGUCCUUAUUAGAAUGUUCUAAAAUGUCAAGGCAGUUGCUUGUGUUUAACUGUGAACAAAUAAAAAUGUAUUGUUUUGCACU